UUAUGGUCACAGGAGCAGGGCUUGCAGUUCCUCAUCUACCACAGUAGCUGAAGCAUCUCCUUGGAGAACCUUACCGGGAUUUCACAGGACUAUCAUGAGGCAACCUGCUAAAGUUCUUUGGUAUGACCGGGCAAAGUAUGUGCAUAUGGAAUUCUGUGUUGAGAACAGUCGGGAUGUUAAGGUGGACAUAGAAGAACAUAAGGUCAUAUUCAGUUGUCUAAAUGAAGAUAACAUUCAGAUGUAUAAUGAGAUUGUACUGUAUGACAGAGUCCAACCAAAGGAUUCCAGGGAGAAACGUUCAGGCCGGUCGAUUACUUGUUUCCUUAGGAAGUGGAAGGAGAAAGUGGCAUGGCCAAGGCUAACCAAGGAGAAUAACAAGCCUGCCUGGUUGUCUGUAGACUUUGACAAUUGGAGAGACUGGGAUGCAGAAGAAGAGGGAGAGAUGGCGUUAGCAGAACAUUACCUGGAUUUGAUCAACCAAGUGAAGGACAAGGGAGCACCUCCUAGUAUGGACGACCUGGAUGAUUUGGAUGUGAUGGUGUCCUGCAGUCCUGCCCAACUGAAGACUGAGAAUGGAGGGAAGAAGGAGACGCUGUCUGGAUACAAUGUGAUAUUGAAGGACACCGUUCUGUUCCCUGAAGGCGGUGGACAGCCUGACGACAGAGGAUCUAUUGGUGAAGUUCCAGUGCAUCGUGUCACCCGACAAGGCCCAGAAGCUGUCCAUUUUGUAUCCUCUCCAUUGGAUCCAGGUUCCGAAGUAUUAGUGAAGGUAGACUGGGACCGCCGAUUCGACCACAUGCAGCAGCACUCAGGCCAGCACCUUAUCACAGCCAUUGCUGACUCUUUGUAUGGGUUCAAGACAACCUCAUGGGAACUGGGACGACAGCGCAGUACCAUUGAGCUGGACACCCCAACGAUGACAGACGAUCAGGCUGAAGCUAUUGAGCUGCUGGUCAACCAAAAGAUCCGCCAGCGUGUGCCCGUCAUUGUGAGAGUGAUCACCACUGAUGAUCCUGAAUUUAACCAAGUCAGAAGCCGAGGUUUACCUGAUGACCAUGCUGGUCCGGUGAGAAUAAUCGACAUAGAAGGAGUUGAUGCAACCAUGUGCUGUGGGACCCAUGUAGCUAAUCUCAGUGAUCUCCAGGUGAUUAAGAUUUUAGGAACAGAAAAGGGAAAGAAGAACAAGACUAAUCUAAUAUUCAUUGCAGGAGAGAGAGUAUUGAAAUACGCAGCCCGGAGCUACAGUGUGGAGAAGUCUCUGACCGCCCUUUUAAAGAAUGGGCCUGAGGAACACAUUGAAGGUGUGGAGAAACUGCAGAAAUCUGUGAAGACUCUUCAUAAGAAUAAUCUGACUUUACUGAGAGACCUCGCUGUCCUUACAGCCCAGAGCUUUAAAAACCGUCCAGACAGAAGCAAACUAUUUUCCUUACACAGAAAAGAGGGAGAUAAUGAGUUUAUGAAUAUUAUUGCAAAUGAGAUUGGCACAGAGGACACUGUUGUCUUCUUAACUGUUGGAGAUGAAAGGACAUCAGGGUUAUUUCUACUUGCUGGGCCCCCUGAAAUCAUUGACCAAGUAGGACCAAGAGCUGCUCAUAUUCUAGAUGGGAAAGGAGCUGGAAAGAAGGGUCGUUUUCAAGGCAAAGCCAACAAGAUGAGUCAGAGAGGAGAGGUGGAGAGGCUGCUUCAGGAGGCCAUUAAUGGGUCUGCACUUAAAGAGGAAUGAUGCAGUCGGUGUACAGACCUAUGUUCACCACUAGGGGGUGCUUCUGAUCCAGUAUGAACUUUUAAGCGCGCGAAACCCCCAUGAAAUGUCAGAGAUUAUUUAAAGUGGUUGUGCGGUGGCUUAAG